GUGGUCUGGAUUAAGUACUAUUCUUUGGAAUGUAAACCCUCGUUCAUUGAGAAUCAGUUUUGAAUUAUAAUUGCUAUGAAUUCUGACUACGGUUCGUCUGCGGCCCGUUCAUGCUACAACCUUCGCCACUUUCACUUCAGCUGCCUUGUCUUCUGGCUUGAGCGCCUUUCGUUUCUCUGAGGCUUAUUUUGGUGGUCGGUGUGGUAUAUGGGCGCGCUUAUCAAAUGUGGCACCGAUAAGGUUUGGGUGGCGGCGCUUAAACCGGUAGUAUUUCGCCGGAUCCCAGCUAUUUCAGCCUUGUCCCCAACGACCAUAGCUUCAUAAUUACCACCCUUCAUUCUUUCCACCCCUCUUCACAUUUCAAUUACAUAUCCACCGAAAGAUAUACUAUUUAUUGUUCAUUUUGGUAACUCUUGGCUACUACACGGAACGAGAUCGCAUAUUAGCACCUAUCAGAGCAUCUGCGACCACUGGCUACCUGCAGCUGAAGCAAGGCCACCAGCUUGUCGCACAUCACAAUGGCCACGGAUAUGGAUAUCGACAUGGGCCUUGAUAUGGACAUCGGGCAGGAAUACUCGAACCUUGACAUCGAACAAGACACCCAAGGUUUCAACCAGAUUGAACUUCACCCCGACCUCAGCGCUGCGCCCAUAUCAACCGACCCGACAGAUUCAGAUUUGGCGGUGGUUACCCCGCAUAAAAUACACCUGCGCGGCUUGGAUGACCUCACCACGAAGGACAUCAAAUCAUUCGCGGAGGAGUACUCCGCCGGCCAGCCUCUCGAGAGGGUUGAAUGGAUUGAUGAUACCUCCGCAAAUAUAAUCUACCAAUCAGCCGAAGCCGCAUCGGCCGCUCUUCAGGCUUUCGUUGCCACAGACCAGCUUCCGGCAGCUCAUUCGACACUGGACAUGCUCGCGGCCAAGCCAUUUCCAAAUUUUCCCAACACGCGCUUGAUGGUCAGACUGGCGGUUGAAGGUGACAAGAAGCAACCAGGCGCACGGGAGCGAAGCCGAUUUUACCUCCUCAACCCAGAACAUGAACCCCAAGAGCGCCGUCCAAGAGAUGACCGUGGCAGGAGAGACGAUGGAAGGAACCGAUCUCGUCGCGACAACUACAGACGCAGAGAUUACGAUGACAGGGAGCCACGGAGGCGCAACGAUGACUUCGAUGCAAGCAUGUACGAUGAUGAACCUUCGCCACCUCGGGGCUCAAGGGAACCCGAAUCGGAGUCUGGCACCACAUCUUCUGGCUACAGGAGCCAGCGGAGCCAAAGGGUGCGGUUUGCAGGUGUUGGAAAGGAGCUGUUCCCAGAGAAGAUCAGCUCAAGAAGCAACGGAAGGCUGCGCAAUCGCAGUGCGUCUCCGAUGCGCGAUAACGAAGGGGAUCUGAUACUUGACGCGAGACCUGCUGGCGGGCGUGAUGGCCGUGCUCGAAGUGCCAACGAUGGCGGCGCGAAUCGUCGCAAGGCGCAGCUCAUCAAGGAGAGACUCAGGGCAUCUGCAUCUGAUCCACUGGAGCUGUUUCCUCGAAAAGCUGGUUCGAGGGCUGGUGGAAAUAACGCAGCCGAUUCCACAGCUGAUCUCUUUGCACACAAGCUUCGAAUUCCCAUGUUGGAUGGCGCCAGCGACAGGCCAUCAGGAAAACCAGACUUGAUGUCCAGGAUAUCGAGGCCCGGUGCGUCUGAUGCCGAUACCCAGGCGAGCUUCAAAAUCAAGGGCACGGCGAGGCAGCCAGUUCAGGAGGGGUUUUCGAUCAAGGGCAUGGCGGCGUCAGGGCAGGAGCACAGGGAGCUCUUCCCGGGGAAGACGGGUGGGAAUGCGGGGAAGGAGUUGUUUGCGGAUAGGUUGGAGGGGCGAGGUGGGAGGAGGCAGAGGGCGGAGGAUACAUUCCGUUGAAGCGUUGAGAGGCGCCGCGUGCUGGGAGAGAGUAUUUUUAUUAUGGCCACAUGGCUCGGCAUGGGUGGUGGAAGGUUGAUAUAUACCCAAUAGCACAAACAACACUACUCUGAACACUGAACCCAUUAGAUAGUGCCUGAUUUCAACAUCGAUCGUGUAUGUGAUUCUAAGAGCAUCUUGAGGGCUUUCUUGCCAAAGUAGGAC